UAUGUUGUAAACAUCUCACAAAUCCAAUACAAACCAUUUUUUUUUCUUCAUCCCUACUUGUUGUCUCUCUGCCCUAUUUACAUUGCAUAUUAUAUCAUGAAGAAUCAUCCUCACAUAUCAAGCGAAAUCAAUUCCCUCAUGUGUAAUCAAGAAGGGUGUAAAUUGUAAGAUGGUAUCAGAGCUCUUCUUCAGAAGAGUUCUGUUGCGCAUCGCCACUCUGAUUCGUUCUCUCUUUUCGUCUUUCAUUUCUGCUUCACCUGUUUUGCUUUCUUUGCUUUCUUUCAUUUUCAAGAUAUGGCUAAAGAAGAAGAUUUUUCUAUAUAUGUGGAUAGUCACUUGUAUCUGCAUCCGGGAGAAAAUCCAGCCACCGCUUUGGUCUCCCUAGUUUUUUAUUCUACAAAGAAUAAAGCCCAAUUCGUGGAUGGUAUUGCUGCUGAAGCAGAGAAAAAGGAUCUUGCAUACAACGCGUGGAAACGAUGCAACAAUAUGGUUGUAUCGUGGAUCGUACAUUCGGUCUCCUGGAUGGAUAAGGCUGAAGAAAUUUGGAAUGAUUUGAAGGCACGUUUCUUUCAAGGGGAUUUGCUAAGAAUUUCAGAUUUGCAAAUGGAGGCAGCAUCGAUGAAACAAGGAGAAAGCACUGUCACAGAAUACUUCACCAAACUCAGAACAGUUUGGGAUGAAUUGGAAAACUUUAGGCUCGAUCCUCCUUGUACGUGCCAUGCAAUUUUUAAGAGGGCUUGAAUGAUCAGUACGGUAAUAUCAGAUCUCAUGUCUUACUCAUGGAUCCUACUCCACCUAUUUUAAAAAUCUUUUCUUAUCUUGUUCAACAAGAAAGGCAGUUAAUUGGGAAUAAUUUUUUGUCUAACUCUGAGGUUAAAACUAUUGCUGCUAUAAACACUAUCACUUGUUCUUUUUGUGGUAAGAAUGCUCAUACAGAUAAUAAAAAUGGUUUUUCUAGCAACAAGAACAAUAGCAACAAGAAAACAUGUACACAUUGUGGGAAAUUCGAGCAUACAGUGGAUGUAUGCUACAAGAAACAUGGUUAUCCUCCAGGACACUUUGUUCGAUGGAAAAACAAAGACAGUUGAGAAUAGAGAUAAAAAUACGGAUCAAGAAAUCAAAUUUACACCACAACAAUAUCAGGCUCUGAUGGCAUUGAUAAAACAACCAAAUGAGGCUACUGCAAGUACUCAAGUGAAUCAAGUUAGCACUAUCUCCUCAAGCUUCACAGAUCAAGUUCACUUGUUUAGUUAUUCUGAUGGCUUCCAACGCAGUUGGAGUAUUAUCUUUUUGCUUUGAACUGCUUUUUGUCAUCCUUCAACUCCCUUUCUCAUCUGUGCUACCAAGUAGCACGACCCAGGGAUUCUCAAUCCAAGAAGCAACUGUUUACGAUCUCCAACUUGCUUUCCAGAAAAAACAAUUGAGCUCUAAGCAAGUUGUGGAAUUCUACCUGAAGCAAAUAGAAACCCAAAACUCAGUUCUGAGAGGGGUGUUGGAGUUAAACCCAGAUGCUCUCGCACAGGCUGAGAAAGCGGACAAGGAGAGAAAGAGCAAGGCACCAGGGUCUCUUUCACCACUGCAUGGAAUACCCAUUUUGGUUAAGGACACCAUUGCAACUAAGGAUAGGAUGAACACCACCGCAGGUUCCUUUGCUCUUCUGGGCUCUGUGGUGCCUAGAGAUGCAGGUGUAGUCACUAGGUUAAGAAAAGCUGGGGCUAUCAUUAUAGGGAAGGCUACACUCAGUGAGUGGUCACAUUACAGGUCAGUUGCAGCACCCGAUGGUUGGAGUGCUAGGGGAAGACAUGGAAAGAAUCCAUACACAAUGGAUAGUCCGUGUGGAUCCAGCAGUGGAUCUGCAAUAUCAGUAGCAGCCAAUUUGGUAGCAGUUUCGCUUGGUACAGAAACAGAUGGAUCCAUUUUAUGCCCUUCAGAUUCUAACUCAGUAGUCGGUAUAAAACCAACAGUAGGACUCACUAGCAGAGCAGGGGUAGUCCCAGUCUCCCCAAGACAAGACACUGUUGGACCAAUUUGCAGGACUGUAGCAGAUGCUGCUCUUCUUCUUCAAACCAUUGCAGGAAUUGACACCAAUGAUAAAGCAACAAUCAUAGCAUCAAAGUAUAUCCCAAAAGGAGGCUAUGCUCAAUUUCUGAGGAAAGAUGGACUACGAGGAAAGAGACUAGGAGUGCUGAGAUAUUUCUACGCUUUUGGAAAUGACACUUUUCUGCAUGAAACUUUUGAGCUACACCUGAAAACAUUAAGGGAAAGAGGAGCAGUUUUGGUUGACAAUUUGGAGAUAGAAAACAUUGAUGAAGUUUAUAGCGGUCCAAGUGAAGGUAUUGCUGUGGCAUUUGAAUUCAAAUCUUCCUUGAACGCAUACCUCAAAGACUUAGUUGCUUCCCCCGUGAGAAGCUUGGCCGAUGUGAUAGCCUUCAACAAUAAACACUCAAAACUGGAGAAAGUUAAGGAGUAUGGAGAAGAUCUGAUGGUAAAUGCGCAGAAUAUAAGGGGAAGUGGGACACUGGAAGAAGCAUUAUCAAACUUGACACGAUUGUCAAAAGAUGGGUUUGAGAAAGUAAUGAUAGGAAAUAAACUUGAUGCGGUUGUUGUACCUUGUGCAAGCUUUAGUUCUGUACUGGCUAUUGGAGGUUAUCCUGGAGUAACUGUUCCAGCAGGAUAUCAAAAUGGUAGGCCAUUUGGAAUUUGCUUUGGAGGUUUGAGAGGCUCUGAGCCAAACCUCAUCCAAAUUGCUUAUUCCUUUGAGCAAGCAACUAUGAUAAGGAAGCCUCCUCCACUUCCAAAGUUAUAACCAAUGUAAACUAGCUUCAAACUUUUUUUUUUUAAUGGGCAAUAACUAUCAUGAAUAAUUUUCAUUCACUACUUGGAUGAAUACUUGAAGUCUUCAUUCUACAAUAACAAGAAGAUGAUUUGCGUGUUA